AUGUCCACGAGAAUCGUGCCAACGAAGCUACCGCUCUCUAGAGCUGUAGCAAGCUGCUUCUCCCAACUCCAUGGAGUCUCGAGAGGCGCACCAGGCUUCCGUUUGACCAGUACACACUUUCAGUCUCGACGCCAUCUCUCCUCGACGUCUAGAACACAACUUCGCGACAUCUUUCCCUCUCCAGAUCAUGAACACAUCAAGAAGACGGAGGCGGCAUGGCCACAUCCACCGUACGAUGUCGAAACGAUGAGAAAGGACAUCUUCUAUGCCCAUCGCAAGCCCGAAGACUUCUCAGACCGUAUCGCACUCUUCAUGGUCCGCCUUCUACGAUUCGGAAUGGACACUGCCACAAGAUACAAGCACGACGUCGAGGAACCCAAGAAAGUAGGAGACAGCAACGCUGUGGCAGACACCAAACCAUACCGCAUGAGCGAACCCAAGUGGCUCAUUAGAAUGGUCUUUCUCGAGUCAGUUGCUGGUGUUCCCGGCAUGGUAGCAGGCAUGAUCCGCCAUCUACACAGCCUAAGAAGAUUGAGGAGAGACAAUGGUUGGAUCGAGACUUUGCUGGAGGAAGCUUACAAUGAGCGUAUGCAUCUGCUUACGUUCAUGAAAAUGGCUGAGCCCGGUCGGUUUAUGAGAUUCAUGAUUCUCGGUGCCCAGGGUGUCUUCUUCAACUCGAUGGUCUUGUUCUACCUCAUUUCGCCGCGAACCUGUCAUCGAUUUGUUGGAUAUCUCGAGGAAGAGGCUGUCCUCACCUACACCCUCGCCAUCAAGGACAUCGAGGCUGGAAAGCUGCCGAAGUGGCAAGACCCUAAGUUCAAGGUUCCGGAAUUGGCAGUCAACUAUUGGAAGAUGCCGGAAGGCAAUAGGACGAUGCGAGAUCUUCUGCUUUACAUCCGAGCUGAUGAGGCCAAGCAUCGAGAGGUCAACCAUACAUUUGGUAACUUGGACCAGAAGGAAGACCCAAAUCCAUUCGUCUCCGAGUACAAGGACCUUGAUACACCACAUCCUGGCAAGGGAAUUGAGCAUCUCAAGCCAUUGGGAUGGGAACGACAGGAGGUCAUCUGA